AUGCCAUCACUGGCGGGCAGUGGUCGAAGUCGUGGCGGGGUUUCUGAUUCUAGCGGUCCUUCGAACUGCAUAUAUGCAUUGGCUAGCCGCCAGGAUCAGGAGGCGUCGCCAAAUGUUGUCACAGAGCCAUUUGAGGUAGCUACACCAGUUGGGGAUUUUAUUAUAGCUAGGCAGACAUAUAAGGAUUGUUCUGUGAUUAUAUGUGAUCGUUGUACUAAAGCUGAUUUGGUGGAAUUAGAUAUGAUCGAAUUUGAUGUUAUUAUGGGGAUGGACUGGUUAGCUUCCUGUUAUGCUAAUGUCGACUGCCGGAAAAAGGUAGUUCGGUUUCAAUUUCCAGGAGAACCAGUGGUAGAAUGGGCAGGAAGUACAGCAUCGCCGAGGGGGCAUAUUGUUGGAGCAGAUGACAUUCGGGUCGAUACACAAAAGAUUGAGGCUAUACAAAAUUGGCCCAGGCCUACCACACCGACAGAGGUACGCAGCUUUCUGGGGUUAGCUGGGUAUUACAAAAGAUUUGUAGAAAAUUUUGCUUCUAUUGCGACACCCUUAACAAAGCUAACUCAGAAGGCAGCAAAAUUUCAUUGGACUGAUGCUUGUGAAUGCAGUUUUCGAUUGCUGAAGGAAAGGUUGAUUACAGCUCCAGUUUUAGCUCUUCUAGAGGGGUUAGAGGGGUAUGUCAUUUAUUGUGAUGCUUCGGGUAUUGGGAUAGGUUGUGUGUUAAUGCAGCAUGGUCGAGUCAUAGCUUAUGCUUCCCGACAGCUUAGACCGCACGAGAGCAAUUAUCCCACUCAUGAUUUAGAAUUAGCCGCGAGAAGAUGGCUUGAAUUAUUGAAAGAUUAUGAUGUCGAUAUUUUGUAUCAUCCGGGGAAAGCCAAUAUAGUAGUUGAUGCACUUAGCCGCAAGUCCAUGAGCAGUUUAACCGACGUGCCACCAGAAAAGAAAGAAUUGGUUCAUGAGAUUCAUCAGUUAGCCAGCCUUGGAGUUCGUUUGGCCAAUUCUGAAGAUACCGGGAUUUCUAUCCGAGAUGUUGCUGAAUCAUCACUUAUGGAAGAGGUAAAACGGCGGCAGUUCGAGGAUCCCAAUUUGUUACAGUACAAAAAUGUGGCUUUUAACAAAGAAAGGACUCAGUUUAAAAUUUUGUCUGAUGGGCAAGUCAAGAUCGAGCAUCAAAAGCCCGCUGGAUUACUACAGCAAAUGGAAAUUCCUGCUUGGAAGUGGGAAAGAAUUAAUAUGGAUUUUGUUACAGGAUUACCAUGCACUCUACGCAGGUAUGAUUCUAUUUGGGUUAUUGUUGACAGAUUAACAAAAUCAGCCCAUUUUCUUCCUGUCAGGACUACGUAUUCGGCUGGGGAUUAUGCUAGAUUAUAUAUUAAGGAGAUAGUAAGGCUCCAUGGAGUUCCUGUAUCUAUUAUAACCGACAGAGGUGCCCAAUUUACGGCUAACUUCUGGAGAUCCUUCCAGGAAGGAUUAGGGACUCAGAUGGCGCCGUAUGAAGCCCUAUAUGGUAGGAAGUGCAGAUCCCCGAUUGGUUGGUUUGAUGUGGGCGAGACUAAAUUAAUUGGGCCAGAUGUGAGUCGACAAAAAUCAUAUGCAGAUAAGCGAUGUCGACCACUAGAGUUUCAGAUUGGCGAUUGGGUAUUUCUGAAGGUGUCGCCCAUGAAAGGUGUGAUGAGGUUUGGCAAAAAGGGUAAGCUUAGUCCGCGGUAUAUCGGACCUUAUCAGAUUACCCGGAGGAUAGGCGAAGUCGCCUAUGAGCUAGACUUACCGUCCGAUCUGGAGGCAGUGCACCCGGUAUUUCAUGUAUCUAUGCUUCGUAAAUGUGUUGGUGAUCCUUCCAGAAUAUUUCCUAUAGAAGAUGUACAGAUAACGGAUGAGCUAUCUUACGAAGAACAUCCCGUAGCCAUUUUAGAUCGGCAGGUGCGAAGAUUGCGCACCAAGGAUGUACCCUCUGUCAAGGUUCUGUGGCGGAAAAAUAACCGAGAGGAAAUGACCUGGGAGGCUGAAAGCGAGAUGAAGAAGAAAUAUCCGUACCUGUUUCCUAUGCCGUCAGGUAACUUAAAUUUCUUAAUUAAUUACAUUAAUUAG